AUUUUCUGUUCUAAUUAUUUUGGGGAUCUCUCUUUUGGUUCCUCCUUCGAUCAACCCGUUUCAGGAUUUGCUUGUGUACAUGAAGAAUAGACGAAUAAGACAUGAGGGUGUUCUUCAUACUGCACUGAGCUGUGAUGACAUCCUCUGCAAUAUCCUUCUCCGUUUACCACCCGAAUCAAUUCCCAAGCUCAUUAUUGUAUCAAAGAGGUGGCUUCACUUGAUAUGCAGCUCAUCUUUUCGUCAUAGUUAUUUGAGUCGAUGGAGAGUGGGCUUUAACCUGUUAGGAUUUUUUGUGUGCAAUUACUUAUACCUUGGAAGACCUCAAGGCGGUGCUCAUCGACCCCGUUCCGAACCCGCUCUUCCGUUGCUGUCUACUAGUAGAGAGUGUGAUGAUUUGAAGUUCUCUGGGAUCCUUAAAAAGCUUGGUUACUUUAUUGACUCAUCUGAUGGUCUUCUUCUUGUGGUCGUCCCGAAGACUUAUUUUGUAUGGAAUCCCAUUACAAAGGAACAAAUUAAACUACCUCGUCCUCGAGUGUACUUUGAGGAGUUGUGCAUGGCAUUCAUCGUUGAAGAUUCACCUGAUGAUGAUAUCUCCUACAGGAUUGUUCGUGCGAAAUGUGAAAGCAGAUUCGAGGAGAUCAAUGUUGUCACAAUAGAAACUUUCUCAUCAAAGACCAGUACAUGGUGUUAUUCCAAGCUUAGAUGUUCUUCUACUAUAUCUCUAUCACCUUGGAUUUCGGGUACCGUGAUUGGAGGUGUCAUCCACUGGUAUGCAGCCCAGGGGAAUGUAGCUAUUUAUGACCCGGAUCAUCAUGACAAGCAUAUUGCUUUAGUUAAACUCCCAGGGCCAUUUGAUUUCGACGCGCAAGUUGUCGGGGAGUCUUUGGAUGGAUGUCUACAAUAUGGUUGGAGCUGUAAAGCAGGCCUACAGAUAUGGGUUCUUGAAAAAGGAUUGGAUGGUUAUUCAUCCUUAUUCUCAACAGACAAACAGUCUAACCUUUCUUGGAGCAUGAGAUAUAAGUUGAAUUUCAAACUAAUGUGGAAAAAGAAUCCAAGUAUUGCGACAAAAUGCAUUGCACGGUCAAAAGAAACUGAAAUAAUGGCAUUUUCACCGCAAAAUUCCGAAACAGUCUUCAUUAGAACCGGAUCAAACAUAUUUCUCUAUCACUUCAAGAGUAACAGGAUGGAAGUGAUUCAGUACCAAGGUCGUGGAUCUUCGAUCUUAUCGGAUUUUUCCAAAGUAGUACCCUACUACAAACGAGCUUGGCCACAGUCCGUCUCGUGUGGCAACGGAAAUGGCACAACAUGAACGCUUGCUGCGUGCUAUAUCUGCGGAAGACUGUAACUAUCAGUUAGGUGAUACUUUGAAGGUACCUAUUUUUGUCUUAGGGAUUUGAAUGUGAUGUGUUGUUGGAUUUAUUCAGUCCAGUCUUCUUUUUUCCUG